CAUCCGGUUACCAGCGUUUGUCGUGCCAUUCAGCUAUGAGUUAUCCAUGAAACCAAAUAUGACUACCUUUUACAACACGGGUAGUGUAUCCAUAUGGCUAACAGUGACCGAGAGGACAGACUUUGUGGUAAUACAUACGAAAAAAUUAAAUAUCACUGACAUCACAAUGACUAGUGCUGACGAUAUGGACGUACCGGUUAUCCGACGGCUGGAAUGUACACAACACGAACAGUUGUUUAUAGGUUUUGAUGGCUUACUUGUGCCAAACCGUAACUAUAGUUUACGGUUAACGUUUGAGCGACAACUGGAGGAACAGUUGGAAGGCUUUUACGUCAGUUCAUAUGUGGACACCAGGACUGGUGUCAGAAAAUAUUUGCUGACAACUCAUUUUGAGCCGACGUCCGCGCGAUCAGCAUUUCCUUGUUUUGAUGAGCCGGCGCUCAAAGCCUCGUUUUCCAUGAAAUUGGUUCACGAAAGAGACUUCGAAGCCUUCUUCAACUCUGAGCGCGUGGAUCGCGUUCCGUACAAUAAGGAAGGCCUUAUUAUGUCGGUAUUCGAGCCGACAGUCCCGAUGUCUACCUAUUUGGUGGCAUUCAUAGUAUGCGAUUUCAACAUACACGCUAAACAGACUCGCGAGGGCAUCAACAUCCGGGCCAUAGUACCCGAUGAACAGGACUCACAGUCCAACUAUGCUCUCAAUUCGGCCGCUUCUAUACUCAGCUACUACCAGGAGUUCUUUAAUAUAACAUAUCCAUUAAGUAAACUAGAUUUAGUGGCCGUACCUGACUUUGGCGGCGGUGCGAUGGAAAACUGGGGUCUCAUUACAUUUCGGACAUCGGUUUUCCUUUACAACGACAACGAAAGUAAUAGCGAAACACAGGAACAGGUGGCCAUUGUUGUCGCUCACGAAUUAGCGCACAUGUGGUUCGGCAACUUAGUGACAAUGAACUGGUGGGACGACCUCUGGCUCAACGAGGGCUUCGCUUCGUAUAUUGAAAAUCUUGGCGUUAAUUAUAUACAUCCCGAAUGGAAAAUGAUGGAACAGUUUGUGGUGACCACCACUCAGUACGCUAUGGCUAUGGACUCUCUGCAGACAUCGCAUCCCAUCAGAGCCGACGUAAAGAAUCCGACAGAGAUUGAGGCCAUAUUUGAUAUGAUUUCAUACAAAAAAGGCGCGUCACUCAUCCGAAUGCUGGACAACUUCUUGGGCAUUGAUAACCUGCGAAUCGGUUUGUCGGCAUUUUUGCACAAAUAUCAGUACAAAACAGCGAAGACCAGCGACUUGUGGCACUCAUUCUCAGAUGCAAGUCGUAUUCAUGGCAUUAAUGUGUCGGCAAUUAUGGACACGUGGGUCAAUCAAAAAGGGUUUCCUGUAAUCACAGUCCGACGCAUUGGAAACCAAUUAAUGCUAAAUCAACGACGUUUUCUGUCCAGUAUUCCUGAUUCGGAUAAUAUUGACGACCCGUCAGACAUAUCACCGUUUGGCUAUAAGUGGAUAAUACCGGUCACAAUAAUUACCGAUCGUUUGUCUCGCGAAUCAAGAUUGGUUUGGUUCAACACGUCGACAUGUCGAUACCAUUUGAUGCCCAACACCAGUGGUUCAAAGUGAACGUCAAUCAGUCGGGCUUUUAUCGGGUCAACUAUGAGUCCGAUCAGUGGCUCGCACU